AUGUCACCCAGAGGAUCACAUGUCACCCAGAGGAUCACCCACAUGUCACCCAGAGGAUCACCCACAUCUCACCCACACCUCACCCAGAGGAUCACCCACAUGUCACCCAGAGGAUCACCCACAUCUCACCCACACCUCACCCAGAGGAUCACCCACACGUCGCCCACACGUCACCCAGAGGAUCACCCACACGUCGCCCACACGUCACCCAGAAAAUCUCCCACACCUCACCCAGAGGAUCACCCAGAGGAUCACCCAGAGGAUCAUCUACAUGUCACCCAGAGGAUCACCCACAUGUCACCCAGAGGAUCACCCACAUGUCACCCAGAGGAUCACCCACAUGUCACCCAGAGGAUCACCCACAUGUCACCCAGAGGAUCACCCACAUGUCACCCAGAGGAUCACCCACAUAUCACUCAGAGGUGA